AUGGUCGUCCUUGCAGCAUCGAUUUGCACUCGCGGAGGCAAAGCGGUCCUCUCGCGUCAGUUCCGUGAAAUCCCACGGUCGCGCAUUGAAGCCCUACUUGCCGCCUUCCCCAAGCUUGCGGACUCGGGCACACAACACACCACCGUCGAACAGGACAACGUGCGCUUCGUGUACCAGCCAUUGGAUGAAUUGUAUAUUGUUCUAAUUACCAACCGCCAAUCAAACAUCCUCCAAGACAUCGACAGCCUGCACCUAUUCGCUCAAGUGACCACAAGCAUUUGCAAAAGCUUGGAAGAGCAGGAUAUUGUCCGCAAUGCCUUCGAGCUGCUGAGCGCAUUCGAUGAGUUGGUGACAUUGGGUUACCGGGAGAACCUCUCUCUCUCGCAAAUCAAGACUUUCUUAGAGAUGGAGAGUCACGAGGAGCGGAUCCAGGAAAUCAUUGAGCGGAACAAAGAGUUGGAGGCCAGCGAAGAGCGCAAGCGAAAGGCCAAGCAGUUGGAGAUGCAGCGCAAGGAGGCUGGUCGAACAGGUCGCGGCGUACCCCCUCGGGCACCAAACUACCCUAUCUACACACCCCCGUCGCGCCCGUCUGUGCCUGAAACCUAUGAUUCCUAUGAAGCGGAAAAGAAGAAGACCUUUGCCAAGCCCCUCCCCACGCGCGGUAAAGGUAUGCAGCUCGGCAAGAAGUCCAAGGCUACCGAUAUCUACGAGAAGGUCCGCGGCGACCUAGGGCCCGAGAUCGAGGAGGCCAGCCCGCUGGUUACUCCCCAAGCUUCCACUCCUGUGCAAGAGCCUACGUCGGCUCGGGAGUCCCUCACCGCGGAUCGCGAGCCUAUCCAUAUCACUAUCGCCGAGACCAUCUCUGCUACACUUACCCGGGAAGGUGCCCUGAAGUCAUUUGAAGUCAAGGGUGACCUCCAGCUCCGUAUCACCGACCCCGCCUUCACCAAGCUCCGGCUCGAUCUUCAGGCCAUCCCUACACAGGGUGCUCAGUUCCGCACUCACCCCAAUGUCGAUAAAGCCCUCUUCACCAGCACCUCCGCAAUCCAGCUCAAAGAUACCACCAAGCGCUUCCCUGCAAACAACUCGAUUGGCGUUCUGCGAUGGCGUGUAGCUAGCACGGUUGAUAAUGCCGAGAUCUUGCCCAUCACGUUUACUGUGUGGGUGAAUAAGGGCUUUGACACCACUACCGUCACCGUGGAGUAUGAGCUCACCAGCUCCGAUAGCCUGCGCGAUGUGGUUGUAACCAUUCCAUAUGGCGCAUCUGAGCCGGCGGUGUCCAGCUUCGAUGCUGUGUACGAAGUCUCUGGUGACAGUCUGGACUGGAACCUGGGUACCGUGGACGAGUCGAACCCCUCUGGUAGCUUCGAGUUUGAGUCCACCGGUGACAGUGACGAGAACGAGUUCUUCCCAAUGAGCGUUCGUUUCACAAAGAGCAAACCAUUUGUCGAGGUAGAUGUGCUCGAUGUCUCGCUGCUGGAGAUGGAGGGCGAGAGUGCUGGGUAUGCCAAGGACAUCCGCAGUGUUGCGGAGAACUACUUGAUCGAGUAA